AUGACGUACGAAAAACUCAGUAGGGCCAUGAGGACAUAUUAUGAGAAACAAAUUUUGGUACCAGUACCAAAAACAGGUCUUUAUCCAAAGAAAUUAGUGUAUAAAUUUGGACCGAGUGCCGAAGGAUGGGAUGCCGUUUGCUAUGAAGUUGAGCAUUCGCUUGUUGGUGUUAAUUUUCGAGCAGUUCAUGCCGAAGACAUUAGAGAUCUUAACAAAUUUUUUCGAAAAUUUCCGGUAAUGUAUACGAUGUGUGCGGCCAUAGUUUCUUUGGCAAAACUGGAAAAGGGAAAAACUGAGGCCUCAGAAAGCAUUCUAGAAGAGCAAGUAGUACCCGUUUUUUAUGACAUGAUUGAAUAA